AUGGCUCUGGUCCUGCUGUUCAUCUUGCUCAAUAUCCUGGGGCAAUUUGGGUUGGCCGCCCUGGUUAAUCAGACCAUUGAUGAUUACUUUGGCGAUCCAAUUACUGGCACAUUUCCAAUCUACUCCCCUGCAAAUUUGUGGCAGCAGGGCAACGGUUGUAUCACAUGUGUAGUUCGGCCAGAUACCUCGAUACCUUUUGACGGAACAUGGCAUGAUUCCACUUUUUUCGUGGGAGGCGCUACACGCUCUGCUGUUUACGCCUUCUUUAUCACCGCACCAAUAAUUCCAGGUGUCAAUAGUUCGCUCUUUGAAACCCACCUCAAUAUUACACUCGACGGGAAUCUCAGUGGCAAUUUUGAUUCUAUCCCUAGCGGAAGUAACUACGGUUACAACCAGCUAGUGUACGGGAAUGCAAGUUUAAACUACGGAAAACACACGUUGGUGAUAUCCAGCGGAGGCCCGAGCCGAUCUAUCUUGGAGUUCGACUAUGUUAUCUAUACCACUGACGAUGGGACAACGUCAUCCCUUACAGCCCCAGUUGGGUCACCGACUGGGAUAUCGACAAAGUCGUCUUCAAACCCAUCCUCUGCUACCUCAUCACAGACUACCGUGCUUCCCAACGUGACCUCAUCCGCUACUGCAACUCAUCAGCCUGCCCUGAUCGGACCUAUCGUAGGGGGCGUUGUUGGCGGAGUCGCCGCCAUUGCGCUCGUCAUCAUCUUCAGCUUCUACCGUAAUCGUGACCGCUCGACCGCCCACGAGGUUGAGGCAACGGAUCAGGCCAUUCCUGUAGGCCCUCAGACCCCCAGGACUUUGAUAGUCACACCCGCUGAAAUAGACCCCUUCAUCAUCCCACCUAGUCAAGCCUCUUUCUAUGGAACUGCACAAAAACAACAACUGCGUCAUACCCCAAGCUCUACCCGAACAACGGUUGACCCUCGCCAAGUAGAGCUGAGUAGACGAAUGCAGGAGCUUCAGCGAGAAAUGGCCUUGCUACAGUCACAAAAUUCACCCUCCUCACAGCACCUUCCUUUGAGAACUGAGCAAGGGAAUGAUUGGAGGUCGAAUGUUGAGCUGCUUCGUGCUGAGGUUGAAAGGUUGAGGCUUGUGAUGCACUCGUCGCAAGGUUUGACAGAUCGGCCCCCACCAGACUACGCUUAUAGCUUUAGGGACGAAAUAACAUCAUCGGGGGGUAUGUCGUCACCUGUAUUAUUUUGUAACCUUCCACAUGUGUUACCCGUCGACGCCGUGCAAAUGUUGUAA